AUGGCGGCUCUGUGCCGAACCCUCCACGUGGCUACGGUAGCGGGUGGAACGCGCCGCGCGUUGGGCUCCCUGGCUGGAAGCUGCCUGGCUGACCGACACCUCUGGGAUCGGCUCCAUGCCCAACCGCGUCUGGGCAGCGUCCCCACCUUCGACUGGUUCUUUGGAUACGAAGAAGCUCAGAGUCUCCUCCUGCCGCUGCUACAGGAGGCACGGGCUACCUGUCCGCUGCGGGUGCUGGACGUGGGCUGUGGGACUUCCAACCUGUGUACAGGUCUCUACACCAAGUACCCGCACCCCGUGGAUGUGCUAGGGGUAGACUUCUCUCCGGUGGCUGUGGCCCACAUGAACAACCUCCUGGAGGGUGGUCAAGAUCAAGCGCCCCUGUGCCCUGCGCACCCAGCCUCCUGCAUCCACUUCGUUCAGGCUGAUGUCCAGAACCUGGGGCCAGUGGCUCCCUCAGGCUCUUUCCAUCUGGUGCUGGACAAGGGCACCUGGGAUGCUGUUGCCCGGGGCGGUCUGCCUGGGGCCUGCCAGCUGCUGUCAGAGUGCCUAAGGGUCCUGAGCCCUCGGGGGACCCUUAUUCAGUUCUCAGAUGAGGACCCUGAUGUACGGCUCCCCUGUUUGGAACAAGGGUCCCAGGGCUGUACUGUGACUGUGCAGGAGCUGGGUCCUUUCAGGGGGCUCACUUAUUUUGCGUACUUGGUUCAAAGCUCUCAUUAA